GGAAUUUACAACCCACCAUGCAGUACAGCAGGAACGAAGAGCAGCCUUGAUUCGGGCUCCUGUAACUUUUCAUUUUCCCUCCGGCUGCUGGUGGAUUACGCUACCGAGGGUGCAUCACCACAUUCCAGUUGUGCAGCCAAGUGAAUCAUGCCACCCACGCCGCGUCGAGUCUAUUUUGCCGCAACGGUGAGUGUCGAGCUGGGACGGCGACGAGAGAAGAAAAGAAAAAGUUGCAAAAUAGAGAUCUACUGUCUAAUUGGCAUUCAGGUACACGACAUUGUCUCCGCGAGACUAAUCUCAUAAACAAGAAAGGCGUCUAUCAUGAUGGAUGCAUGGUGGUGAGGCACUACUACUACACCGGGUGACAAGGUAAGCCAUUGUUACUUUACCCAUCCAAUUGUUCAUUCUGCUGUUUAAUUAAUAGUACAUAUUGCCUGCCAAUACUAUCGGCUAACUAGGCGCUACCAAUGCAAUAAGCAUGGUGGGAAUACGAGUGCCCUUUCAAUAUGGUCCCUUUUUUUGUCUCGCUGUCACUUAAUCAUAUACUCUACAUCCUUCGUAACCAGCUGCUAUUACUACCAACGACUCAGCCGUAAACGAAAAAAAGUCGUCGUGGAAACUCGAUUGUUGACAUAGAGAAAAUCAUUGUUUACAGCUGUGUUUCUUUUUUGGUCUCGACCAGAAACACGGGGAUGAUUGAAGGACCAUCGGGCAUAUUCUUCAGCAUUGCCAUGUCGCAAGGGCUAGGCGCGUCUCAACGCAAGGGAGUGACUCGGAGAGCCCACCAUCUUUGGGCGCACGUCACUAAAGAAGUCUUCUAAGACCAUGUCGCAAAUGAUCUCUUCACCACCGUCACGGGAUGGCCGAAAAUCAGCCAAUCAGGCAGUCUUGUCGUCCGUGUUCCCGCCCACUAUGCCCUUUGAGACAAGCUCGUCCCCCUCCCAUCUCCAGCUUCGUUUCCGAGGUUUGGGUGGCAAAGGUUCUUUGAGGUUCGGGCUAUGAUUCACUUUCUCGGCCCAUCCAUAGACACUCCCCGCUGGAGCGAUGGAAUAAACACUAUCCAGCUAAGGCGGUAUUGUUGUUAUGGUAUUGCCUUUUGCACAGCCCGCCAAUGGACCGUCUAGCGCGCCUUACCAAGAAGAUGACAAUAGGGCGAGAUGGAGGUCAGCUUUGUUUGAAACGUUUUGAAGCAGUCUGCCUGGUGUAGUUUAGAGUCUGGCCGGAGUGUUUAUAUUUUGGCAAUCAACAACAACAACUGAUCAUAAUUGACAAAUUUGUGAUGCCAUCGAAUAUUAUUACAUAUCAAAAUUACUGAUGAAUUAUAAUUUUAGCUUCGAUGAGGUCUUUGCAGUAGACUCCUUCCUUGUAGCACAAUUAUAAGAAUAUAUUAUAAAAUAAAGCGAGCACCGUCAUACAGGAAAUCCACAGCGUGAUUGGUUUAGUGGUAAAAUUCUCCGUUGCCAUCCGCAACGUCGGGGAGCCCUGGGUUCGAUUCCCAGAUCACGCAUUUUUUGCCGCGAAUAGCAAUUCUAUCCCGCAGGCAAUCUCCUUUUUGUUCAUGUCAAUUACGUCGAACUAUUCUUUAACAGAACAGCGUACAGUUUGUAUUGUUAUUUACGCGCUAUAAUUUAAGGUUUUAUUUCUCCUGUAUUUUUACUUUCGUGCCUGAUUCUCUAUGGUGAAUUUGGGCCAUCAGGUGGGGUCAAUUAACGGUGACGCGCUACCGCGUCGACCGUGAACUUAACCAACUGCCACCAGUGAUAUCGACAAACUUGCGCCGCACUUGAUGCGUAGAUAGCGCUUAUAUUCGCCUACAAUGGCCCAAAGCUCAUCUAGGCGCCGUAGGCGCUCAGAAUCAGCCGAAGAUGUCAGCGAGCUCGUGUCGCCAGCGUCCGAUACAUCCAAACGGCGUCGCAGAAACGAUGGCAAUGCUCCCAACGGUGACACACCAAGCCGAGCAGGUGCUUCGAGGACGAAUGGAACGAAUGGCACAACUGGACAGAUUGAUAUGAAUGCAUUUCAUGCUGGUGCGAUUGUGAGAGUGACGGUGGAGAACUUUGUCACGUACGAAAAGGCUGAGUUCUUCCCAGGCCCAUAUCUCAACAUGGUGAUUGGCCCCAAUGGUACUGGAAAGAGUUCACUGGUGUGCGCGAUUUGCCUUGGACUGGGUUACAGUCCAAAGCAUCUCGGGCGUGCUGGCUCGGUCAAGGAGUUUGUCAAGCACGGAAAGGACAACGCGACCAUCGAAAUCGAACUACAAAAGCGGCCUAGCGAUCGACGCAACUAUAUUGUCAAGGUUCAAAUUCGACGAGAACAAAACAGUCAAAAAUGGUGGCUUAACGGGAAAGAGACGACACACAAGGCUAUACAGGAGUUGAUGAGGACGUUAAAGAUCCAGGUCGAUAACCUGUGUCAGUUCUUGCCGCAAGACCGAGUUGUUGAGUUUGCUGCGUGUACGCCAGUCGAUCUUCUGCAUGAAACGCUGAGAGCAGCAGCCCCCGAGGAAAUGCUGAUGUGGCAGAGCCAGCUUCAGGAACUGCACAAGGCCAAAAAGGAGAUUGUCGAGGGCACUCGUUCAGACGCCGAGCAGCUGGAGAACCUCGAGACUCGCCAGCAAGGAUUGCAAGCGGACGUGGAUAGAUUGCUUGAACGCCAGCAGAUCCAGGACAAGGUAGAGGACUUGAAGGCGGCGCUGGUGCUUUCACGGUAUCAGGAAGCUCGAGAUAAGCACGCUGCGGCGAAGCAGAAGAAGAAGGACGCUGAACGAUCACUGAAAAAGUUGGAGCAGGAUAGUGGCCCCUCCCUUAAUGCAGUGAACGACAAACAGGAGUACUCGGCAAAGAUCUCCAAGGCUAUCAAGGCGCAGGAGACCGUGCUUGAGCAGUGUCAUGUCAAGACGAGGGCUGCGUACCGAGAGGCACUAGCCCAAGGCGAAAGAAUAAAAGAAUUCGGUAACAGAUUGGACGCUGAGCGCAAGGGCUUUGAAGCGAAACGACGUGAUUUUGCAGCGUCAAGAUCGAAAAUCACACAGCUACAAGGCGAUUUGAAGAACCGGCCAGAACCAUUUAACGCUGCCGAUUGGAAUCAGAAAAUUCGCUCGGAAGAACACACGCUUCGAGAACUUGAAGAAAGUGCACGAGAGGUCAACAGUAGCUUCCAAGCUAUCGUGGCCCAAGGGUCUGAGAUCAAACACAAGACGCAGCAGCUCAUGGCCGACAUGCAGGCUCUAGAUACACAGCAAGGGCAGCAGCUCAACCUGAUGAAGAGGAAUUUUCCGGAUGUCGCGAAAGCGUGGGAAUGGAUUCAGGACAACAAAGGAGAGUUUGAAAAGGAAGUGUUUGGUCCGCCAAUGAUUUGCUGCUCUGUAAAGAAUGACCGAUACGCAGACGCCAUUCAAGCUAUGCUGCAGGUGGACGACUAUUUGUGUUUUACAGCGCAAACAAAGGCCGACUACAAGAAGCUCUCUGACCAAAUCUACCGUGUCAUGAGUUUGUCGGUGAAUAUCCGCACAUGCAGCGUACCGUUGAGCUCCUUCAAGCCCCCAGCAACCCAAGCGCAGCUUGCCGACAUCGGGCUAGACGGCUUUGCCGUAGACUUUUUGGACGGCCCGGAGCCUGUGCUCGCUAUGCUGUGUGCCGAGAAGCGACUGCACCUUUCGGGUAUCUCCAUGAUGGACCAUUCUGAAGAACAGUAUGAGAGGCUAGUCAACAGCGAGCGAAUCAGCCAGUGGGCAGCUGGUCGUCAGCUCUACACGGUACGGCGACGAAAAGAAUAUGGCCCCAAGGCCAUGACAACGGUUACAAAGAGCAUCAUGGCUGGCAAAUUCUGGACCUCGCAACCUGUGGAUGUGCAGGAAAAGACACGCAUCCAAAACGAGAUUGUCGACUUGCAGCGACGAAAAGAGCCGCUCAAGGCCGAGCACGAGAAGCUAAAGGAGAAGAAAGCGGAUAUUGAGCAUGAAAAAGAUGCAAUCAAUGAAAAGAUUGAGUCUCUAAAGGCUGAAAAGAGCGCUCUACAAAAGGAGUCCCAACGCUGGCAAUCGCUGCCACAAAAGAUUGAAAACGAAGAGCGACAAAAGGCAGCGAGCGAAGAGGCUAUGCGCGAAGCACGCGCGACGUUGACGGAAAUCCAGUACGAAUGGGAUUCCGAGACGCUGAAGCGAGUAAAACUGGCCCUGCGACACAAGCGGUCCAUUGAGCGUGUCCGGGCCGCUCACCAGACACUGAUUGAGUAUCGCCUGUGUCUGGUGGAAGCCAACUCUGAUGUUGCCGGGCUCAAGGAGCUCAAUGCUGCUCUCGUAGAACAACUCGAGAAGGAGCGUGAGAAGCUUGAUAUCGCAUCACGGGAAGCCACCGAGUCUCGAGACGCCGGUCGACUCAUCUCCGACGAGCUCAAGGAGGUUCUACUGCGGGCACCUGACAAGCAGGACAUGUAUUCAGAGCUGUGUGAGGGCAAGUCGCCAGAGGAGAUGCGCAACCUGAUUGAUGCAGAGAAGGCACAGCUGGAGCUCAUCCACGCAGCCAACCCCAACGUGAUGCGGGACUUUAACAAGCGAGCAGAAGAGAUUGCCAAGAUCAAGGCCAAGAUGGAAAAGGCCGGUGGGGAGAUGAGCGAGCUCAAUGUUAAGCUGCAGUCGCUGAUGGGCAAGUGGGAGCCCAAGCUAGACGAGCUGGUGGCGCAGAUUAAUGAUGCAUUUGCGUACAACUUUGAGCAGAUUAGCUGUGCGGGCGAGGUGCGCGUAGACAAGGCGGACAACUUUGACAACUGGGCGUUGGAUAUCAUGGUUCGCUUCCGGUAUGUUUUACCUUUUUCGAGUAGUAUAGAAGCUAACACGUGCUCAUAGUGAAAACGAAACGCUGCAAAAGCUUACAGCACAUCGCCAAUCGGGUGGCGAGCGUGCCGUGUCCACCAUCUUCUUCCUGAUGGCGCUGCAGUCCAUGGCGCAGUCGCCGUUCCGCGUGGUAGACGAAAUUAACCAGGGCAUGGACCCGCGCAACGAGCGCAUGGUGCACGAGCGCAUGGUAGAGAUUGCGUGCCGCGAGCACACGAGCCAAUACUUCCUCAUCACUCCCAAGUUGCUCACAGGUCUACGGUAUGAUCCAAAGAUGCGUGUACUGUGCAUUGCCAGUGGCGAGUACAUGCCUACAGAGGGCCGCAAGCUGGACUUUGGACGCUGUAUCGGGAUUCAAAAGAACUUGUUGACUGCAAGAUAGGUUUUGGGUUAUAACUAGUGCGUUCUAUUAAGGGUAUCUAAAAACACAACUAAUGACUUAUACACUUGACUUGAACUGACAAAAGAAACCUGUUGAUAAGC